CACUCAUCACAACGGGUCGCACGGCACUGAAUAAGCAGAAGGGAGACAAAUAUGUACCACGCGCGUAUGUUUCGCAGAAAUAGACCCGUCUCUAUUGGAUCUACGGCAUCGACUAAAUUGCUCUAAAUGGAGAACUUGAACGAUUCAUCCCUUGACGUGCAACCCCCUGCGAGAGAUAAGAUGCGUUUGAAAAUGAUUCCUAAAAAAAAAAUCGCCAAAGAGACUCGUCGUUGCCGUCUUACAAUUAGAAGAUUAUUCCGAGUAAAGUACGUUUGAAAGAAAAUCGCGAGCGUAAACGAGAUGUGCCACGUGUGCACUCUUGCCAGUUGGAAUAAUCAUUAAUUUUGUCGAAUUGAAGGCAUCGUAAUUUGCAUUGUAAUCGUAGACUGAAGAUUAAAUUACGAUUAAACACAUCUACAGAAAUGGACGGUCCAUAUGUUUUAAAAUUAUUUUUAACAAGAAAUUUGAAAUUCUGUCGGCUUGACGAAUUCGCGAUUGACACAAAAUUCAGCGUUAUAUUGGGAUUCUAUUUAUAAGUGGACCGUGUAUAUUUCAUGUUAUAUCCGUAUAUUGAAAUAUAAUGGUACGAAAUUCGAAAUUAAUUAAAGUCUGAUGUAUUUUCCUAUGAUCAUUAACAUGGGAAAUGCAGAUUGGAAUUGGGACGUUUAUGAUGGAUUAUUUUGAAAGCACAUAGGAUAUGGACCAAUUUGUAGGGCCCCUUUGUAUAUCCGUUGGGAGGUAACCCAAUUUCUCCAAUAAUGAUGGCUAUGAGUGACUAUAUGCAAACUAAUAUUGAGUUCACGGUGGAUCGUACAGAUGUACAAUACACAUAUUUUCGAGAUGGGGUGGGAGAAUACAGUCUUUAAAUUAAGAACCGUUGCAGACAGAAUUAUUUCGAUUCUUCUUCGAGCCCAAGAAGUUUCAUUUAUUUCUCUCAAAAAUUUUUUUUUUAUCGCGACAGUAUUUGAUUCGUAAUGAAAACAUGUUCAAUGAAAUUAUAAUGAAAAUAUUCGUAUCAUUGAUGGUGUUUGACGUAAUUUACGCCUAUCAAAGAAAUCCAUGGUGGAACAUUGAAAAUUCGCAAAGACAGGGACCUAAUGUAUGUGCCGUAGAAGUGAAUGACGAUAUAAAUUAUGCUUAUUAUACCGAGAAUAAACAAUGGUAUCCUCGAAAAAUUUGUGGAAAACCUACGUUUAUAAAAUACGAAUGUUGCACAGGAUAUUAUAAAGUCGCUGGCCAUCCUGGAUGCACAGGAGUAAAACCGCUGAUAAAUCUCGUAGAAACUACGCGUCGAGUGGGUGCAAUGAAAUUCGCAAAAUUGAUCGAAACUUCAAAUUUCGCAAAAGAAUUAAUAAGUGGUCCACCCUUAACAUUAUUCGUUCCAUCCGAUGAAGCUCUUGAACACUACUUAAACGUAAAAGGUAUACAUCAAGAAUCGUUGCACGAUGGCAACAGAUAUAUAAAUUUGAUCGCAAAUCAUAUAAUAGAUAGACGUGUAUUGUCAAAUCAAUGGCAAGCAAAUCUUUUAAUUCCAUCACGAUUACAAGGGAAUGUUUUGAGAAUUAAUAAAUUUCCCAGUGGAAUGGAAACGGUAAAUUGUCAUCGAAUUAUUCGCAAAGAUCAAAUUGCCAGUAACGGAGUCGUACAUGUAAUCGAUGGUGUAUUGGAUCUUGCUUUGUCCGAAAAUUCAGACAUCAUUGAACUUGUUUCGAGGGACGGUAGAUUCGAAAUAUUUAUCAAAGCGUUAGAAAGCACAAAUUUAGGGAAAAGGAUUCGAUAUAGCAAUACUCCAUGCACUAUUUUCGCGCCUACUGAUGAAGCUUUCCAUCAUAUUCCAAGGAAACAAUUGACCGAUAUAUUAGAAAAUCCGAUCGCAUUAAAUGCAUUAAUUGCCCAACAUAUUGUGACACACCCUGUGUGCGUGCCAAACAUAAUUUCGGAAUAUCACGCAAGCACGAUAGAACAACAGGAAUUAAAAUUAAAUUGCGGCCCACAUGGACCUAUUGUAAAUAACGCAAACAUAAAAAAUGAAAUGUACCAUGGAAAAAAUGGAUUACUAUACGUUCUUGAUCGCGUGUUACUUCCGGAUCGAGUUAAAACAAUUUUGGAUGUGAUUAAGGAAGAAAGAUUACUCACAUUUUUAGAAAUAAUUAAAACAGCCAAACUGGAAGAAAGUUUAAGACAUUUGAAACAUUUCACAAUAUUUGCACCUUCUGAAACAGCAAUGCAUUCCCUAUCUAAUCAAAAACUUAUAGAAUUGCAAAGAAAUCAAAAGAGCGCUCGAAAUUUUGUUCUUAAUCAUAUAGUUACGGGAAUAUACUUCACUGAUGAAAUUAGUAGCAAUCAAAUUGUUAGAACACUUGAGAUGGGAGUUCCAUUACGCUUUCAAGUUUAUCGUUAUAAUUUUGGAAUAGAAAAUGCAUUAAUUAUAAAAGCUAAUCGAGAAUGUAGUAAUGGUGUUCUACAUGUUAUCAGUCACAUCUUACAUCCUGCAGAAGAAUCUUUAGAUUAUAUUUUAAAAAAAGAAGGCAAUUUCAGUAUUUGGUUAGAUGCAAUGGAAAGAAUAAAAAAUAUUCAACCGCAAAUAUAUGAUCAAUUCAAACAAGCAAAUUCUACAUGCACAUAUUUUGUUCCUUCGGAUGAAGCAUUCAAACAGCUUGGGAGUGUUAAACUUCAAAAAUUAUUAGAUGACAGAAAUUAUUUAACAAAAACAUUACAAAAUCAUAUUGUGGAUAAUAUGUUACUUGCUGAAAGUUUUAUGCCAGAUUUACAAUAUACUGUAAGAACUAAAGGAAAUCCGAUAAAUAUUAUAAGAAAAAAUAACAAAAUUUUGGUAAAUGAUGCUACUCUUGUAAAAAGUGAUAUUUUAAACAAAGCUGGAAUUGCACAUGAAAUAAAUUCUGUAUUACUACCGGAUCAAUGCCCACAUGGUUAUAAAAGAACAUAUGAUGGAAUUGCAAAAAAAAUGUGUCUUUAAAUCAAAUAAUUAGACACAUUUAUAUUUUGCAUUAUUUAUAACAAUUAUUUAUAACAAUAUAUAUAUAUAUGUAUGAAAAAUGAAAAAUUAAAAA